ACAGCACCUCUGUAUACAUAGAAAUCAUGUAGAACAUUGGCGCCUACAGUAACACAAGCCUAGCCACAGUUUCAGCCUCUUCCCAAAUGGGAUCUCUCUCUGCCCCCCUGUUCACCCCUGAUGUACCGCGUAGAGAGAGACUUUCGCAGGUCUUUCAGCUAUGUUAUCCACAUGUUGCUCCCAUAAUGCCACACGCUAUGAUGAAGGACAGUAUUGAGCUCACCAAAACAACGCCGAAACCAAAAAUCUGCGAUAUGCCGGGUCGUGCCAGAUUACUUGGUGGCAACGAGGUUCCCUGGUGAACAUUCACGACGCUCACGACGGUCCUAAGUACACCUUAACGACAUCGGUAUAUUCCAGGUCUGAUGAUCGUCCAUACACCGCCCUCUCAUACGUCUGCGGACAAGAGAAAUCCCCAAUCUCGAUAGAUGGCACGAUGACACCAAUGUAUGAAAAUCUACACCUUGCUUGCGCUGCCCGCGCUCUGGGCUUUCAGUCGGCAAAACGGCUGUGAUGGGAAAAGAGAAGAAUCAUACUUCUGGAUCGAUCAAGUUUCCAUCGAUCAGAAUGAUGCACGAGAGAAAGCAGAGCAGAUGCUCGGCAUGACUGAUAUUUACUCUCGAGCAGAGAGAGUCUUGAUCUGGCUCGGUCCAACCAGUGAGAAUCUGAAGGCCUUAUUGCAAAGUUUCGCCCAAGUCAUCGGUCCAGGAGCACGCAGAGCUGGGAUUUUAGCUAUCGGCCCCGAUCUCACCACCAGCUGGCCGGAUUUCCCCAACCAUCCCGAGCUAAGGCCAGUACGUAGGCAGGUAGAACGGUUCUUCUGGUCUGACCCCUUCCGGCGCGCAUUUGCGACCAGGCCUGACAUGCUACGAGCUUUCGAAGAGUUGACGUGGAACGGAUGGUUUGCACGCACCUGGACCAUCCAGGAACACACUGUAGCCAACGCCCCGGUUUUUGCGCUGGGGGACGACACAUUUGUUGAUGGCGACGAUUUCAUGGCAUCAAUCUUGUGCUGCACGCUUUGGUUCGUGAGUACACUUCGGCCACUGAUGCAGUCCCGUUUUCCCUUGCUGCGGCUGUUCAGGUUGCUCCUCUUCCGGUUCUAUGAGAAACCUGGACUAUGCGACUACAUGUUGGAUCCCGAGCGGUUAAGAGAAUGGAACUCCCGCCCAAGUACAGUGCUUGGUGAACGGCGUAAGCGCCAAAGGGCCCAAAUUGGCGACCACAGAGAAACAAGCUUGAAGGCUUGUCUUGUGCGUACCUUUAUUCCGGAGUCGACCGAGGGUCCAGGUUGCAGCCACGAGAUCGAUCGAAUCUGGGCCUUGUUCGGAAUGUGCACUGAUCGGACCAUGCUGGAAAGAGGAGGCUUCCCGCUGGACUAUAACACCCCUUGGAAAGAGGCGUACCGUGAGCUUUCGAGGACGCUAGUUCGCCUCGGUCAUACAGACUGCUUAGGAAUCGAAAGGAAAGGGUUAGCAAACAACAUUCAGAGCACCACGGGCCCCAUCGUGACAUCGCUACCCUCCUGGACGAUUGAUUGGUCUGUCCCACUGAGACGUCCACUCUGUGGAUUCCUAGAGGAUGGUCUAUUCAGCACCGCGACCCAUCUCCCAGUCACCAUUGGCGAGGCUGCACACGUCUCGAGUCAGGCCAACGCUCUCGCCAUCAAUGGGUAUUGUUUGGGUCCCGUUCAAGCUUUGGGAACCGUUUUCACAACAUCCAAAGCCGCCCAUGAGCUCGACUACGUCCAAGCCAACAUCUACUUGCGAGAGAUUGAGGCCUUCGUGGAGCGAUCAGCCUUCAUUCCCCCCCAGCUCAAGGCACAUGCCAGGGCCUGCAUCCCCGUCCACAGCCUCGAAUACAAUUACCUGGCCAUCACUCGUCGUGGAGAGACUGCCGGGAUCACGCGCGGCUACAACGAAAUGAGGAGGUGCACCGCACAAGGCGAGGGACCGAUUGGCGUCAUCAGCCAGGAACUACUCUCGUAUAAGACGUUUAUGGAACGAUGUCUUGGAAAGCGAGCAUUCAUCACGACCCAGGGUUUUGUCGGGUUAUGUAAUAGCCAAGCUGAAGUAGGCGAUGUGUUGGGAGCCAUCGCUGGAGCUCCUGGGCUAAUCAUGUUGCGAGCGGCUCGUCAAGACACAGAUCACAGCUUGGAUGUCGGCGCCUUUGAGGUCAUUGGCGAAGCCUAUGCCUACGGACUCAUGGAUGGAGAGAUCGCUAGCAUGGAAGAUGUCGAAGAGCGAAGCAUCGUACUUUGCUGAAGUCACGUAUUCCAUCCAUGUGCACGACAGAUGGCUCUGUAGCUGGAGAGCUCGCAUGGCGUGCGUCGUCUACUCAGGCCGUCAGCCGACUCUGGGACAGUUUCUAGCAUAGGCAUGUGUCCCAUCUGCAUGGCCCAUGACCAAUGUCCUACGAUCGUGUCACUUUUAUAAGUGAAGGCCUCCCAGCCGAGCGCGUGUCCCUAAACACAUAGCUAGUUGUCGGCAACAUGUUUAAGCCUGGGAUGGCGCAUCCAGGGGACUAGGGUAUUUCAGGGCUUUUCCACUCAUGAGCCGUGUCAUACUUAAUUGACCAUGACAAGACACUGCUCCCAGGCACUCUGUUUUAUAUACUAAGGGAGUUAGGGUCUUUUAGUGCCAAGACAAGCCAGGACCAGCGCCGCAAGAUACAACAAGAG